AGUGGCGCGGCCUAAUCAACUUAUUAAUUUCCUAGUCGCGUGGUCGCUAGUUGUCACUUGGAAGUGGCGCGGCCUGGACCAGAAACAAGUGCCUUGGACAACUACAACAGCAUGGCUAAGGAGAUUAAGGAGCUAUUCCACUCGUAUGGCAUUCACAGUACAACUAUACAACUAGAGUAUGUAGAUGAUGGAUAUUUUGGUUGCCAGGUUCCAUGUCCAGCUCCAGCUCCAGGUGUAGAACUAGCUGAAUCAGACUCCUGUAUAGAUUCAUCCUGCUGCAGGAAUAGAUUCAGUUCUGAAGAUAAUCCAGCAAUAAAUGUAAAAACGCAGUUUUGAGAUAAAACAAGAAACCUGCAUACAAGAAUUGAAUUCAGUUUACCAAGUUCAGAAUGUAUCAAGAAGAAACAAUACCAAGAAAAAGCAAGAUUUAAGAAACAUAAUAAUUAACCUCGAAACAUUUUUUUAGAACAAAAAACCUUAUGUUAAAUCAACUUAAAGAGAAAAAUCUACAUUUCGUCGUCAAAGUAGCAAUAAUUGAUUCUUCUCAACUUCAUUUUUAAUUAUAUCGGAUAAAAAUAUAAACAUGCCCGAAUCAUGCCAUUUUAUCUCUGGUGACUGGGGGGACUUUGGCGAGUUUUAAUAGAUCAUGAAAAAAAUAUUGAACUUUUUUAUGAUACCUGGUGUUUCUUUAAACCCUCAAAUGUCGGAAUUUAAAAUUGCAUUUUUUUUCGUGAAAAAAUGAUAAGCUGUUCAAAAAGAGUAAAUGUGAGUACUACGCUAACAAUACUUUUAUUGGUUCAACGUUACACAAACUUACCAACGAAUAGUUGCAAGGUGAAUAUACAACACUAAUGUAAAUAUAUGUUUAAAUGCAAUGGAAUAAUAUGAUAAUAAAAUAAUCAUGAUAAUAAUAAAAAUUA